AUGCAAAAACUGACUGAGUGCAUAGACAUCCUGAAGCAGAGAAUCGCUGCUUGGGGAAAGCAGAUUCGGCGAUAUACCGAGAGGUCGACAUGGUUCAACCAGAAUCGUCUCUUCCAGAGUGAUCAGAAGAGGCUCUAUAAAUCAUCGGAGCGACCAAUGGUAAGUGGAACGGGUUCAGCACCGAAUCAGGCCGACACUGUCGCAUUCUGGCGCGGCCUGUGGUCAGAGCCCGUAAACCACAGCGAGGGCCCUUGGACGGAAGUUGUGGCGGGUCAGUGUGCGAGUAUUACGCCCAUGGACUCCGUCAUCAUAACGCCGGAUGACGUAGCUGAGGCGGUCCGUAGAGCCCCGAACUGGAAAAGUCCGGGACUCGAUGGGCGCAUCACUACUGGCUGA